GAUGACGUCAGGGGGUCGGCCCGGCCAGCCGUCGAGGGCGGUAUUUACCUCAGAGGAGGGAUUUCCCCCCUCGUUUCCACGGAGACCAAGGAUCCUCCCUUCGUCGGGGGUCCCGCCGCGCCCCCCCCCCCCCCUUUCUCCGAGACCUUCCCUCGGACGAGCCCAUCGUCCCCCAGAGCGCCGCCGCUUCGGACCCUCCGGCCCCUUCCAUCUGGGCAUCUUGCCCGGAGCGGCGUCCCCACUCCUCCCCUCGGCGCCCCUCCCGAGGGGGAGGAAGCAGGGUCGGGAAAAGGGGAGGAAGAUCGAGGCGUUCGAGCUACUUGGCGUUAGACUCUUUUCAAGAUGGGUGAAAGAAAAGGGGUAAACAAGUAUUACCCUCCUGACUUCGAUCCAGCUAAGCAUGGCUCUCUCAAUCGGUACCAGAAUAGCCACCCUCUGCGGGAGAGGGCACGGAAGCUCUCACAGGGCAUCCUUAUCAUUCGAUUUGAGAUGCCCUACAACAUCUGGUGUGAUGGCUGUAAAAACCACAUCGGCAUGGGUGUCCGUUACAAUGCCGAAAAGAAGAAGGUCGGAAAUUACUACACCACGCCGAUCUACAGAUUCCGGAUGAAAUGUCACCUGUGCGUCAACUAUAUCGAAAUGCAGACCGACCCCGCCAACUGCGACUACGUGAUCGUGAGUGGCGCCCAGCGGAAGGAGGAGCGCUGGGACAUGGAGGACAACGAGCAGAUCUUGACCACGGAGGGAGAGGAGAAGAAGAAGUUGGAGACGGAUGCCAUGUUCCGCCUAGAGCACGGCACGGCCGACCGGGGGAAGCUGCAGAAGGCCAUUCCCACCCUGUCGAACAUUCAGGAGGCCCAGAGCGCCUGGAAGGAUGAUUUUGCCCUCAACAGCAUGCUGAGGCGGAAGUUUAGGGAAGAAAAAAAAGUCAUCAAGGAGGAAGAAGAGAAGGAUCUGGCUCUGCAAACCAAGGCGAAUCUCAGCAUCCCCCUGGUCCGGGAGUCCGAGGAGGAUCGGAAGCUGGCUUCCCUGUUCAAGUACCACAGCCUAGACUCUUACGAGGCCAAACGGAAACUGAAACGGACCGAGAUCUCCGGCCGCCCCUGGUUCUCUCCGACCUCGACGCCUGGGUCGGGCGGCAAAGCCAGCGGUGUCCUGAAGAAGCUGGCGAUGGGCCGGAAACCCUCAACCAGCAAUCCCUCCCCUAGAGUGAGCAACCUGGGCAUCGUCCUGCGGAAACCCAAGGAGGAGUGCGAGGACCCGGCCGGGGGGUUGGUGAGCGGCGGCGUCCCGGAGACCCUCGGGGCAGGCGAGGGAGAAGAGGGGUCUUGGGAAGUGGUCCGGGACGGCUCCGGUGGCCCAUCGGACCCAGAGGGCCCUCAAGAGACAGAGUCCGAGAGGGCCCCUUGCGCCGCUAGCCUCGGCUCUUCCUUAGUCGCCGAUUACUCGGACACCGAAAGCGACUGAUUCGUCCUUCCCGGCUCCUCUCUUCGGGACCGGUCUAGGCUCCGGAGGUAACAGCCGCCGUCACCCCCAACCAGGGCCCGAGCCGGUCUCAAGUCGCUUCUCCUUGGGGGCGGUCGUGGAGACUCUUUCCCUUUCUCCCUUCCCCCCACCGCAGAAGCAUUCAAGACCUGAAGCAGAUUCCAUUUGCUCCUUCCCAAAUCAUUUUUCCCUAGCAACGGAAGGCCAGAGCUGGGCUGCCUCCCACCGACCCUUGGAAUCUGAAGUGGGCCUCCCCCCGGCUCCCCCCGGCCCCCGAUCUUAACUCCCCUGUGACUGAGGUGUUUGUCUUUUAAAUAUUAUUUAUUUAAUUUUGGUGGGAAUGGGAAACGAGGGGCGGCGGUGAGGGGGUAGGAGGAGGAGUGAGCGAUCGCCGACCCCCUUUCUUUCAGCCGUCCGGCUUGUACUCCGAACGCCGGGUUAUUAAAUCCAGGCCGCGUAUUCAUCCGGGUCGUGUCGCGAGCGGAACGGACGCCGAAGGGGAAGGUGGCGGGGCCGGGAAGAGUCCCGGCCUUCGGGUCCCUCGGAGCCUGAGCCGCAGGGUUUCGUUCGGACUGAUCGCUCCGGCGUCUGCGGCGCUUGGCACGUAGUGAGCGCUUAACAAAUGCCAUCGCUAUUAUUACGCGGCCCCUCAAACCCGAAGCGGAGCGGAUCGGGCCCUGGAUUUCUGAACUAGUUUGACGGCAUCUGGA